AUGUCGACGGUAUCAGGAGCAUGUUCGGUCAAGAAUGUUUCAGGGAUGCUCCAUAUAUUGGAAGAAGUGACUCCCUCGGUUUUGGAAUGGAAAGCCAUUGAUCAGCUGAAAAUUGUCACGAUUGCAUUGAACAAAUUGAAAAAACUACAAGCACCAAAAGAAUCUUCCAAUAAAUUGAUGUUGAGAAUCUUAUACGAUCAGGAUGGCGAAGAGAAAGACUUGAGGUUGUCUUUUACCAAUAGGCCCACGAUGAAUAACAUCAAAGAAUCAUUACAAACGAUUAUUGCUAGACUGAAGACUAUCAUUAAAGAUUCACCAACACCAGCAAUUGCAUCCCCUGCACCGAACCAAACCCCUUCAGCCACAUCACCACCAAAGACAGCAACCUCGAGCAAUGAUAUGAUGCUGUUUACGAAUCCCGACUCAUUAAGCGAUGCAAGCUUAUUGAAAAACCAUCAGUUACAGCAAAAAUAUUUAUUAGAAGAUAAAAAUUUAAGAAACAUCUUUACUCAAUCGGUAAUUAAGUUCAAAUUAUCUCCCAAUGUGUUCUGGUCAACCAGAUUGAAUCAAUUAAGGACUUAUGCGUUGACAAUUUCGCAACAUAGAGGUCCUUAUAAUGUAUUAUCCACUAUUAAACCAGUGGCAACUUCAGAUAAUCAGGUUAAUGUGAAUGUUACUAGGGAUACUAUUAAUGAAAUUUUCGAUACUUAUCCAAUCAUCAAAAGAGCCUUUGAUGAUUUGGUUCCAGCUAAAGCUAGUGAAGGUGAGUUCUGGUCAAGAUUUUUCAAUUCAAAAUUGUUUAGAAGAUUGAGAGGGGAUAAAAUUAAUACUAUAAACACUAGAGGAGAUGUUGUUUUAGAUAAGUAUUUAUACAUUGAUGUCAAUUAUCUUGACACUGAGGAAAAACCAAACGAAAAUAAUGAAGAGAAUACUGAAGUUAAGAAAAUUAUUGAUUUAAGAGCAAAUCAGGAUGAUAAUUCUCAAAAAUUAGGUAAUAAACCGGAUAUUACGAUGAGAUUUUUAGAUGACACUGAUAAGACCACCAAAGUGAAAUCAAAGGGUCCGGGACAAGAAAAUGAAAUGAUCAUAUUAAUGAAAAACAUGAAUAAAUUAAGUUCUAAAAUUAUCAGUAUGAAUUCAAUCUUGGAAGCAAAUACCGUGAACAAUAUACCUAAGAGAGGUGGAUCGAGUGAAUUAUCACCGAGUGAAAUCGACGAAUUCGAAGAAGAAUUAAAUUUGAACGAUUUAAAUGAUCAUGAAGAAUUAAAAUAUAUCCAAUUAAACAUAUCGAAUAAUAUCAAUUACGAAAACCCCGUGUUGGAUAUAAAAGAUGAUGUCAGUACUACUUCAAUCACAAAUACACCAAUUGAGGAUAUUAAACAAUAUUAUAAAAAUUGUGGAUUUCAUCAAAAUAGUAUAAACCUAAAUGAUAUUUAUCAAAAUAAAGAGAAUGUUAUCGACAAAUCAGUUUCUGAUUUUAUUACAAUUACAAAACAUAAUUCCAAAAUUUACAAAAUUAUAAAUAAUUUUAAAGAUUCAAAUCAAUUAAAUUUUCAAAAUAAUAAUAAUAUUAUAAAUGAUUCAAUUUAUCAACAAUUAAUCACUUUCAAUAUAACAAUCAUGGAAUUUUUAUCACAUUUUUGGUCAAUCUUCUUAAAUGGUAAUAAUCCUAUCCAGUUGAAGAAAAUCUUUGCCAGUUUAAGACAGUGUAAAUCAAAUUUAAAUGAAUUAAUUGAUAAUAUUAUAAAAAUCUUCAAUUCUAAUGAUGCUAUUAAUAAAAAUGAAAAAUUGAAAGAUAAGUUGAUAAAAGAUCUUGAUACUUGUGUAUUUCCUCUACAACAAGGUCUUGAUAAAGCUAUAAAUGAUUAUGUUAAAGCAGUUAAAGCAUUAGAUAACGAUACUUCUGAUGAAAUAAAUGAAAAUGGUAAACGGGUUCUAAAUUGA